AUGGCUCUUGGUGUCCGUCGUAAUUGUCCCAAGCUAGCGGCAGUCUCCAAUAUUUGGUACGCAUACAAUUGGCUCACCAGAAAAUGGCCGUGGAAGAUCGAAGAAGUGUUGAAACAAUAUGGCGACGUUGUUCGUAUUGCCCCGAAUGAGCUUGUAUUUCUUAUACCACAAGCGGGAAAGGAUAUACACGCAACGCAUGUGAAACAUCUCGAAACUUUUGUCAAAACAGACUUCGAAGAUCUAGGAGAAGAUGGAGGAAUUUCCUUCGAGAUCGAUCCAGUCAAGCACCGCGAUGUAGCCAGAAGACUUUCUCCCGCAUUCAGCGCUAGAAAUGCUAAAGCUAAGGAAGCGGUUUUGCAUAAAUAUAUUGACUUAUUUGUUGAUAAGAUGAAAGCAAUGGAAGAUGAGGAGGGUGUUGAGCUGCGUCAGUGGGCACAUUGGUUGACUAUGGAUGUCUUUGCGGAUAUGACAUAUAAUCGUCAAAUGAACCAAAUGAAAAAUGAGAAGAGUUCUCUUCUAUUGAAUGCUGUGAUCAAAGUCAACCUAUUUUUGACGAUCCAAGCAGUAUCCAAAAAAUUCCCUCUCCUCGGUUCACUUCUGUACUUAUUCGUUCUACCAUCCUUCUGGCUCACCAUGCCACGGGUUUUGAAGAUCAACAGCCAAGAAGUCCAUUCACGAAUUGAACGCAGGGGAAAGACGGAACACCUGGAUUACUGUGAACAACUUAUCCCAAGAGAUGCGCCAGCUCCUAGAGAUCAGAAGCAAAUCAAUUACUUGGAGCAAAUAGCGGGUCAAUUGCUAAUGGCAGGCUGGGAACUAAUGUCAAAUCAAUUCUAUUCCUCAAUUUUCUUCCUACUAAAUGAACCGAGUGCCUACAAAUCACUUGUCAACGAAAUCCGGAGCAAUAAUAUUUAUGAUGGUCUUCCGCGCAUGAGUCCCGGGGCCAUCGUCGAUAGCAACUACAUUCCGCGCGGAGACAUCUGCCAAAUCAGCCACUUUGCACCAGCACGCAGCUCACGCUACUUUUCGGAUCCACUCGAGUUUCGUCCACAGCGAUGGCUUCCAUCCAACCACCCAAAAUACAAUAAUAAAUAUCAAAAUGAUAAUCUCAAGGCUUUUCUACCCUUCAAUCAAGGUCCCAGAAUGUGUCCAGCCUGUGCAAUUGCAUGGACGCAGAUGAAAUUAUAUCUUGCGAAGGUCUUGUGGGCGUUUGAUUUAGAAGCAGUGCCAGGGCAAGAUUUAUCUUUUGAUCGAGAUUUCUCUGUUUAUACUAUGUGGAAUAAACCAAAGAUUUGGGUUAGAUUUUUACCGGUGAAGAGUGAAGAGUGA